ACCCGGCGGGAGGAGGAGGAGCGGGAAGCCGCGCCGGCCGAGCCCCGCCCCAGGGAAACCAAGCGGAUGUUUGUCAAUGCCGCCCAGAGUGAUGUCCGCGUGUCGCCUAGUCUGUGCAGUGGUCUCCCGCCAGAUGGCUCCCUUAAGACGUGGAGGAAGCCGCCCUCUGCACGUAGCCCUCGAAGCCCGCUCUUUCAAGAGUGCCCCCGUGUUCACCCGGGCCCUGGCCUUUGGAGACAGAGUGGCCCUCGUUGACCAGCAUGGCCGCCACACGUACAAGGACCUGUACUGCCGCAGCCUCCGCCUGGCCCAGGAGAUCUGCAGGCUCCGUGAGUGUGCCGGCCAGGACCUGAAGGAGGAGAGGGUCUCCUUUAUGUGCUCCAAUGACGUCUCCUACGUGGUCUCGCAGUGGGCCUCCUGGAUGAGCGGUGGCAUCGCUGUCCCUCUCUACAGGAAGCACCCCCAGGCCGACCUGGAGUACUUCAUCCAAGACUCCCGGAGCUCUGUGGUCCUUGCUGGCCAAGAAUACGUGGAGCUCCUGGGUCCAGUGGUCAGGAAGCUGGGGGUCCCGCUCCUGCCUCUCCCACCUGCAGUCUAUAAUGGGGCAGCCGAAGAGCACGGGGCGGGGGAGGUGCCAGAGCGAGACUGGAGAGACCGGGGCGCCAUGAUCAUCUACACCAGUGGGACCACAGGGAGGCCCAAGGGUGUCCUGAGCACCCACCACAACAUCGGGGCUGUGGUGACCGGGCUGGUCCACAAGUGGGCGUGGACUCAAGACGAUGUGAUCCUUCAUGUCCUCCCACUGCACCACGUCCACGGCGUGGUCAACAAGCUGCUCUGUCCACUCUGGGUGGGAGCCACCUGUGUGAUGCUCCCAGAGUUCAACGCCGAGCUGGUUUGGGAAAAGUUCUUAAGUUCUGAAACUCCACGGAUUAAUGUGUUUAUGGCAGUGCCUACAAUAUACACCAAGUUGAUGGAUUAUUAUGACAAGCAUUUUACCCAGCCCCACGUCCAGGAUUUCGUGCGUGCAGUUUGUAAAGAAAAGAUUCGGUUGAUGGUUUCGGGAUCCGCCGCCCUGCCCCUGCCUGUGCUGGAGAAGUGGAAGAACAUCACAGGCCACACGCUGCUGGAGAGGUACGGGAUGACGGAGAUCGGCAUGGCCCUGUCCAACCCCCUGGCCGCAGCAGCUCGCUUGCCAGGUUCUGUGGGGACCCCACUGCCAGGCGUUGAGGUGCGAAUUGUCUCAGAAAACCCACAGAAGGAGGGCUACCCCUACCUCCUCCACGUGGAGGGAAAUGAGAGAGACACCAAGGUGACCCCAGGAUUCAAGGAGAAGGAGGGGGAGCUCUUGGUCAGGGGACUAUCCGUGUUCCGGGAAUACUGGGACAAACCAGAGGAAACGAAGAAGGCGUUCACCUCGGAUGGCUGGUUUAUAACAGGCGACACCGCCAUGUUCAAGGACGGCAGCUACUGGAUCCGGGGACGCACGUCGGUGGACAUCAUCAAGAGCGGUGGCUACAAGGUCAGCGCCCUGGAGGUGGAGCGGCUGCUGCUGGCCCACCCCAGCAUCGAGGAUGUGGCUGUGAUCGGUGUUCCAGACAUGACGUGGGGCCAGCGGGUCACCGCAGUGGCGACUGUGAAGGAGGGCCACUCGCUGUCCCACAAGGAGCUCAAAGAGUGGGCCAGAGGCGUCCUGGCCCCGUAUGCCGUGCCCUCGGAGCUCCUGCUGGUGGAGGAGAUCCCCAGGAACCAGAUGGGGAAGGUCAACAAGAGGGACCUGCUCAGACAGUUCUACCCCAACAGCCAGGGUGCACCGGAGGCCAGGCACCCAUGAGCCAGCAUCUGCUUCACACCCAAACCCCCAGGUUGGGGGGAACAGUCCAGCCUGAUGGAUGAGAUCACAGCCAGAGACCGCCGCUGCCCUGGCCCUGCGGCCACACCCACACCCACACCUCAGGGUCCCUUAUGCCCUGAGGCUGCUCGGCAGGUCCCAGGAGGGUCCAGCUGUCACCCUGGAUGAGGUCUGCAAAGGACAUUCA